AUGGCUGGCAUGCUUCAUGUGCUGAUGCUGGUGGUCCUGCUCCUGUCCGCACAAUUAGCUUUGGGACUCACCGUCAAUGUCGACUUGGCUCUAAAUGCUGACGGCUCACUCGCAAGCCUCAUCGACCAGUACAGCAACCCCGUAGAUGCUGAAUUCAUGUGCUUGUCUAUAGAAUGGAACCAUCUGCCGGAAGGCUUCUUGCUCUAUGCCCAGGGCAAACCAACCGGAAACCUCAACACUUAUAGCUUAAACCUCAUCAAAAACCUCGCCGCAGGUGUCAAAUAUCAGGGCUCUCCUACUCUCAGAGUCGGCGGAAACAGUGCCACCCUCAUGUGGUGGUCAAGAUCUACCCUGUUACGACCAACUACAGCAAACCUCACUGUAGCUCCAAUAUCUCUAGGACUUAUAGACCGCAUAGCUUCCGCAACUCAAUCUAGAGUAGUCCCUGAUAUAUCCAUGCUUUUACAAGAUCCUGUAGCCGCCUCCGAAUUCGUAAGGGAUGGAAUCCUAUCAAACGUAAACUAUAAAAAUUUGCUAGCCAUAGAACUGGGCAAUGAACCCGAAUUGUGGAUUAAAAAAGCAUUCCGUACUGGUAACUGGAGCUAUACAACAGACUAUCUCACGGAAUUCCUGUCAUACACCACAAGGAUUACCAACGACGUACAAACAAUCCCAAAAACCUACUUUUGGGGUCCUGCAAUGUCUACCAAUGGUAAUCUCACCUCGUUUAUAUCUUCAAAUCAAGCUGCUGUAAGUGGCCUUACCUUCCAUCGAUAUGCCUUGUCGGGAUGCACGGACGAUGUCAGACUUGUAAAUGUCCCCUUAUUGUUACUGGAUCCACAGCCGAAUAGUUAUGCAUUCUUAAAGGCUGCUAUAAAUCUUACAAACGCAGAAGGUGCUCUAACAGGCCAAGAUCCGAAAAGACUCAUUGCCGGUGAAAUAAACUCGGUUUCUUGUGGUGGUGCUGACGGCGUGUCGAACGUAUUUGGAGCCGCUAUAUGGGGGUUGGAUAACUUUCUGACUCUGGCAAAUCUCAAUGUUUACAAGGUCUGUGUACACGGUGUACAGGGAGACUUUAAAACAAACUCAACCGCCGACCACUCGUAUGCACCAUGGGUAACUGAUCUGCACGCAAAUGUAGUACACGUCAGACCUGUAUAUUACUCCAUGCUCCUGUUUAAUCGUAUAAUGGGCUCCGCAAACUCGACCGUAAGACCGCUAGCAUUCACCAUAGCUGAUUCCUCGGGCAUCACCAACGCCACGGCUACUCCCAAUGUAAAGAUAUGGCUCGUACAUACCGUCUCUGGUUACAAUGUAGUGAUUCUCCACAAGGAUUUGAGUCUCCCCGCCGUCAACCUAGUAAUAAACGCCGCAUCCAUUCCAUUUGACACGGGAUUCGCCGUUGUGGAACGAAUGACUGCACCUAGCGUAUACAGUAGAACAGGUAUAACUAUUUCCGGUAUGUCGUUAGAUGAAUCUUCCGAUGGAAGACCUGUAGGAACUUGGCAACCUGAGACAAUCGCAUCAGCCGAUGGAGGUAUAUAUCGAAUAACCGUAAACACUGGAUCCGUCGCUGUAUUGUAUUUAGGUGGUAGUGGGCCGUCCUCCCCAAUUGGAAUGGCAUCUUCAGCUAAUGAGAGGCAUAGUCGAAUAAUGCCGUUGGUGGUGCUGAUGGUCGUUGGUUUGAUAACGUUUAUAUAA